ACGAAGCCCCUGCUUUUGAUCUAUGGCAACGAUUUAUAAAAAAUUACUUAACUGAUAAUCAAGAAAACUCAAAUAAUAAUCAACAAAUUGCUAUCAAUUUAACACUUCAACAAAUAGCCUCAAUGCUUAUAGAACACAGAAAGCAUAUGCAUGAUUAUGGACUUCCAGAACCUUAA